CUGUCUCGGUAUAAUGAGCGAAGAUUUUACUUGAACAAUGGAAUAUUGCAACAUUAGCGGCGGCAUUGUUAUAAAUUUGGGGGAGGACGAGGUGCUGGUUGGCGCAAAUGUCGACCGCUCCUGCUGCUUCCCUUAACGGCCUUUGCCUCUCUUCCUCCCACCUCCGCCAGCCCUCUUCCGCCUCUUUCCGCCCCUCCAUCUCCGCCAGGCUCGGCUCUUCCAGCACUUCCCCCUCCCUCCCUACCCUCAUCCGGAACAAGCCCGUCCUCACCACCCCUGCUCCCGUCAUCAACCCCGUCAACUGGAGUGACGACAUGUCGGGGAAGGACUAUGAGGAGGCCAUCGAAGCCCUCAAGAAGCUUCUUCAUGAGAAGGGGGACCUGAAAGCCACAGCAGCAAUGAAGGUUGAGCAAAUAACAGCGGAGUUGCAGUCAACCUCAUCUGACGGCAAUCCCUUCAACCCUGUCGAGAGGAUCAAGGAAGGCUUCAUCCACUUCAAGAGGGAGAAAUACGAGAAGAACCCUGCCUUGUACGGUGAACUAGCUAAGGGCCAGAGCCCUAAGUUCAUGGUGUUUGCAUGCUCGGACUCUCGGGUCUGCCCGUCCCACAUCCUUCACUUCCAGCCCGGAGAGGCUUUCGUCGUCAGAAAUGUUGCUAACAUGGUCCCUCCCUAUGAUCAGACUAAGUACUCUGGAGUCGGAGCUGCCAUCGAAUAUGCAGUCUUGCACCUCAAGGUUGAAUACAUCUUUGUCAUCGGACACAGCGCCUGCGGUGGCAUUAAGGGGCUCAUGUCUUUCCCCUACGAUGGAAGCUCCUCAACUGAUUUCAUUGAGGACUGGGUCAAGAUCGGGGCGCCUGCCAAAGCCAAGGUCCUGUCUGCGCACCGUGACAAACCAUUCGGCGACCAGUGCACUAACUGCGAGAAGGAGGCCGUGAAUGUAUCGCUCGGGAACUUGCUGACAUACCCAUUCGUGAGGGACGGCCUGGUGAACAAGACGCUCGGCCUGAAGGGAGGCUACUACGACUUCAUUAACGGAUCAUUCGAGCUCUGGGGCCUCGAGUUCGGCCUGUCUUCCUCCUUCUCUGUGAAAGAUGUGGCCACAAUACUGCAUUGGAAGCUCUAUUGACACACAAUUGUGCUUAGAAGUGUAAAAGUCUUCCCCUCCCGUGCAUACGGAAGGUCGAUAGAGAGGGCUCGCUGCGUGCUUUCCGAGUCUUAAUCAAUAACAUGAACUGGGUUCUGCCCUGUAAAUAAAAUCUUUACUUAAAAUUAGUUUCUCCCCA